ACGAGCACCCAGUUGUGUGCAUUCAAAGUUUGCCAGUUGCUCAUCACUCUGCUGCUACGGCACAAUGGUUUUUUUGUUUACUUUCGGAUUACACUGAUAGCAUCGAUUACAAUGAGAAGCUUGCUGGUGUACAUCCAUUGGCUUACAAAGGAUUGAAUCAAUUGCUUCGAGAUUAUGCCUCAACUGUCAGCACAUCCAUCCCGAGACGGUCGCAAGGCCUUCGAAAACGAGCAGCCUAGAAGCCAGUCGACACAAGCAUUGCCGGAAAGACGAGGAAACUAUCCUCAACCACCAUUGGCUAUCCCGUCUAUGCGUGGGACCACAAAUGUCACAACCAACAGUCACCGUAGCAUUCAUCGCCAAGGUGUAAAUCGAGUGUCUGCUUGGACUGUGGCGGGAUUGCUAUUGCUGCUGUGGGGGGUACUCAACAAUGCCAACCACGUGGACCGGUACCGACGCAAAAUCCAACAGAUCAUUCAAGAACCGGUGGCCAUUGUCACCAUGAACAACCAAAGCGACGACGCCCCUAUGUUCGAGCCUCUUGGUGGUCCUCGUCACGAACAGAAAAGUGCUGCCGUGCAAGGCAAGGAGCACGGUCGACGCUUUCGAAGAAAUGAGACCCACAAAAACAGAACCUCAGGUGGAAACAAAGUACUUCUGAACGAAUUUAUCUCGAAGGACGAUUCAACGUUGCAGCGCAAGUUACCAUCGGUUAUGGAACCACCACGAAACGCCUCCAAUGCUGAGCAGGAACCUAUCGGAGCGAUCGAAAUUUCCGCACCGGAGCCGACCAAUGUGGUACCACCAAGUACUAUGAUCGAAACGAGCUCGAAACGCGCUAAUCCCCAGCGUCUGAAAGCAGUGCAACAUGAAAGUAGCGGCGAGAACAACAGUGAUAGCGACGAGGAUUCUGCACCUGCUCUAUCUGAGGAAGACGGAAGGAUCCCGGCAUUUCCAGAUGAAAAGUGCUCCCCAUGGGCAAUCAGUUUGGAUGAAUGGUGGCAGGAUCAUCCUGACUGGGACGUUUCUACUGAGAACGAUACCCACACGUGUUUUCGACCCAUUGCCAACCCGCUGCGGGCAAGCUUUUUACGGCAGGUCCAUGCCUUGCAGUUUGACAACAACACGUCAACUUGUGGCAAAGCUGCCAUUCGAAAGGUCCAAGAUAUGGGCUUUGCAGCACUGAUGUUGUUUCAUAUCAACAAUGCCUUUUGGAGUGCCUUUCGACAAGGACGCCGUUUUCAAGUUGCUUUGCCGUAUCAAGGUUUUCGGUGGCUCUACGUCCCGACUUCCAAAUCGUCAUGGGCACACUGUCCAGCGCAAAACCAAGAGUGCUACUUCUUGCCAAUAUCCAACUGCCCUGCACCGAUUGAAGGGGAUCGAGACGACAAACCAAAGAAAAAACACAUUUUUCAUGAAGUCUUUCACAACGACACUCUGGCCGAACAGAACAUGUGGCUGUCUCAUUACACCAUGAGACCUCGACAAGCGUUGCGCCAUCGUCUGUAUCAAUUUCUGCAGUCCGGUAAUGUACCAGUGGUGCCAACGCCGUGUGUUUGGCUCCAUGUGCGUAGAGGGGAUUCAAUGACGGAACGGAACUAUAUACGGAACUAUUACAGACUCGAGGAGUACUUGCGUAGAGGCAAGGUGUCUCCGACAGACAAUAUUCUGUUGUUGACGGAUGACCAAACUACCCUGGAGGAGGCACGGGUGCUCCACUCAAACUAUCACUUUCACUAUUGGAAUCGAACCAGGGUUCGAGGUCCCGUGGAAAACAACGCCCACGUUCCGUCCGGGGACCCGAGCUUGGAAGUCCUGUACAUUCUCGCGGAACGCAAACUAGCCAGGCGUUGCCAAAAGGGGGUUCACGGGAACAGUAACAUGGCAACUCUUUUUCGCAACGCCAUGGCCUUGGAACAUGGUGGAUUGGGCAACCUUACCAUGAUGGCGAUUGAUGGACCAUUGAAGAAGACACGAGUCGAACCAGAAGAAUUUGUGAGGAUGUUGGACACAACGUUGCAGAAAGCACAAACGAAAACGAUGCUCACGCCGACAUCUUCUAGAUGACUCGAGCUCCGGAACCAACAGAUUGCCGUGAUGAUGUAGUUUCGAGACCAAGCUCUUCCGUUUUUAGCCGUUCGGCUCUACUAGAGAGCUCAGCAAGGGAUACCGUACUACGGUUGUAAUACCUUGGAAACCGACUGAUACUCGUUACGUCCUCGCAGCUGCUUCAAGUUCGGGAGGCAACCGUACCGGUAGGAUCGUGAGUUUUGAUGGAAGUAGAAAGAUACCGAGCCAAGAUGGGGUAAUUUAACUUCAAAAGUUUGAAACACCCAAAGAU